AUGACUUCUUUAUUACAGUCCUACUUCUUUUGGCACAACGGAGGUUUGGGCAAAGGACCUCACACAGGCCUGAUCGAAACGAGGGUAAGCAACAUACGGAAGGACUUACUGCCCGAAGAUAGGCUGUUUCGGCGAACUAAGAAGGACAUCAUUAUUGUGGAGGACGAAUGCGUUCGACAUGCUGCACAUCUUGCUGCACUUAUUCCUACAGCAGCAAAUGCUAGACAAAUAGCGGAAGGAAUGGCACAAACGAAUGAUUUACUAAAAUUACUCCUACAGAAAAAUAACAUCCAAGACAUUAUUGAAACAUUUCCUCACUUGCUUUCCUAUGAGGGAGAGAUGAUCAUACAGGCAUUCGAUCGAAUCCAGGCAAAUAUUUAUGUAGCUGGUGAUUUGAAAACACUACUUCGCGUAGGACUGCUCUUCGACACUACUAGCUGGAAUAUGGUAGAAGAUGAUUUUGUCAGAGGAGCUUUGAGGCUGAUGAAAAAGCUGUCAAAUAAAGGCAUCAAGCGAACCAUAAUUAUGGAAAAUGCUAGCAUGGAGGAAAUUACCGCUGCACCGUUGAUUAGAUGGACUAAAUACACGCAAACAGACAUUGGAUUUGAUGAGAAGCUUGCGGUGAAACAAUCAUCCGCAACAGUUGUUGGACCACUUAUCAUCUGCGUAGCUGAUCGAUACAAACAAGGCAAUAUGUACGUUGUCUUCAAUCAAAACGUCAUUCCUUGUGGCGAUUCAAGCACACGGGCUAUCGAGAUUUUGUUCAAAUCGUUUGCUGUGCUUGGCUUGAAAGUACCAAUGUUGCUCCGGAAACUCAAUGACAUGAUAUCGGUAAAUGUCUGGGGAACGAAACAUUACAGUAAAUGUAAAUCCGUCACAGAGCUAACUGUGCGAUACAAGGAAUUUUUGAAUAAUUCAACAGUCGAAUGAAAUGUGAAAAAUUUUGUAUAUUGAUUUGGUCAAUAAAAAUUGAUUUUCAGUGGUCAAUUAAAACUUUUAUAAACUGUAUUUUUAUUUGUUUGAUGAUUGAAACAGCUUCUUUUUCCGUUAGGUUCUUCUUCAUUGUCUGAAGAAAUUAUUACAGAUUUAUAUAUAUCGUAAAUUCAAUGAAAACGUCACCUAUUGAUCUUUUUUACCACCUAUAUUUGCUGGCUUUAUUUGGCUGGAUCUUCUCCGAAUCUCUUUUACCUACCGGUAAGUUAAUUUUACGCAACGGUGGCUUUUUUGGGACUGCAUCAAUUUACCUAGCAGGAAGUUUCGCCAAUUUACCCAAAAUUAGGUAUAUCUACUUUUACCCAAAUUUACCUUAUUGAACGAUAGUACAAGGUUGAGUCAAAAGAAGCCAAUUUUGGGUAG